AUGUCUGAGGCACGGAAGAGCCGGACAGUCUUCUUAACUUGGUCUUUGCUUGACGCUCUUGCAGAAAUGACGACCAGCCUUGCCGACGUGAAGGGGGUUUGGAGGCUCGGCCCCUUUUUCGUCGGGUCAGAGAAGGGUUGUCUCGUGAAUUGCGUCACCUUUCCCCAACCGGUACCACCGACUGUUGUGUCAUUGCAGCCUGGCAACAAGCUUCACUCCUCACUCUCCGGGGCGCCCUCUUUUGCUGCUUACCUGCGUAAGCCCAUCUCUGCUCGCUGCGGCUCUACAAUUGUCUGA